UCUCGACAAUGGCUCUCGAGGGGACACAGAAUCACACGGUCGUGUUCGCAUGUAGUAUUUUCCCUUUUCGAUGAUUCCUAUUGGACAUUGAAGGUAAGAAAGGUUUCAAAACACCUCUUCCAGCAUGUCAGUCCGCGUGCGUCUAAGGCAUUCGUGCGUCUUGAUACACAAACACACUCAUCGCAUUGCAUUUGGGGUACAAAGCAUACAAUCGCAUCACGAUCGCUUUCCAUGCUUUGUGUACGACGGGAAAGACGAGUGAGCAGCGUGAGCUGCACUCGUUAUGCGGUUCUAAAAAUAGCUAACCACAUGAUUCGGGUAAUAAUCUUAUCUCCCUUCGGGCACACAUAAUACGGGUGCUGCUAAGAAAUGUGAUCGUGUUCUCUCUUCAGUCUGUCUCGGCACUCGGCUGCGGUGCGAUGAGAAAUAAACUGUCUGCCGUAUAUAGUGUUUUGUUUGUGUUUUGGCUAGGUUUAGGAAACUUCCUAGCCCGAAGUGCACAACAUGAUAAAAGAAAUGAUAACGGGUGGUGGAAAUCAGCUGUAUUCUAUCAAAUCUAUCCGCGAUCGUUCAUGGAUAGCAAUGGUGAUGGUAUAGGCGAUUUGUGUGGCAUCACGUCACGGUUAGGUUAUUUGGAUCUUCACAACAUAACCGGGUUCUGGCUAUCACCAAUAUUCGCAUCGCCGAUGGCUGAUUUUGGUUACGACAUAUCGGAUUACUACAAAAUUCAACCAGAGUAUGGCACCAUGGCGGAUUUCGACGCAAUGUUAAAGAAGGCUAACGAUUUGAAUAUGGAGGUAAUUUUGGACUUCGUGCCCAAUCACACCAGCGAUGAGCACGAAUGGUUUAAAAAAUCCGAGCUGAGAGUGCCCGGUUUUGAAGAUUUUUACAUCUGGCAUCCUGGACGACCGAAUCCAAACGAUACCAACGGUCAACCCCUCGCACCGUGCAACUGGGUUAGCUUUUUCCGCGGCAGUGCCUGGCAGUGGAGCAAGACACGCAAGGAGUAUUACCUGCAUCAAUUCUCGGUGAAGCAACCGGAUCUAAACUACCGCAAUCCAGCCGUGGUGGAAGCAAUGAAAGACGUAAUGCGAUUUUGGCUGGGACGCGGCGUAGCAGGGUUUCGCAUUGAUGCGGUGCCGACCUUGUUCGAAGUAGCGCCUGAUGCCGAUGGCCAGUACCCGGAUGAGCCGCUGAGUGGAAACACCAAUGACCCGGACGACCCUGGCUAUCUGGUGCACAUCUAUACACAGGAUCGAAACGAAACGCUUGAUAUGGUUUAUCAGUGGCGUGCCGUUCUGGACGAGUUCCAGCAGCAAUACGGCGUACGGGAACGUAUUAUUAUGGCGGAAACAUACUCGCCUAUUGAUAUCGUUAUGAAGUAUUACGGCAAUGAAACCGUGCCUGGAGCACAAAUUCCGUUCAAUUUUCAUUUCAUAACCGAUCUCAAUAAAGAUUCUACGGCACAGGAUUUUCUGAAUACUAUCAACUACUGGAUCGACCAUAUGCCUCCGAUGGACUCUGUCGUUCCAAAUUGGGUGCUUGGAAACCACGACCAACACCGUGUAGCUAGUCGAUUUGGCGAAGAUAUGAUAGAUUCCAUGAAUAUGAUUAUGCUUUCGCUGCCGGGUGUUGCCGUUACUUACAAUGGUGAAGAGAUAGGUAUGGACGACGUAUGGAUAUCGUACAAUGACACUGUAGAUCCAGCGGCUUGUAAUGCGGGCCCAGAUCGUUACCAGUAUACUACACGCGAUCCGGAGCGGACACCUUUCCAGUGGGAUUCGUCUAAGAAUGCUGGCUUCUCGACAGCAAACCAUACAUGGCUCCCAGUUUCACCGAACUACACACUAGUGAAUGUAGAAAAGCAGCUUGUAGAAUAUGAACAUAGCCACCUUCACGUUUAUCGUAGUUUGGUUAGAAUGAAGCAGAUAGUUUCAUAUAUUCCGCAUACCUUAGCUACAUUUGUGCAAGAGAAUGUACUAAUCAUCUUGCGGCAGGCCAAUAUAGGUGGUACGUUAAGCUCUGUCUACACAAUUGCAAACAUUGGAAAUCAGCAGCCAACAAUCAAUCUGACUCUGUAUGAACCGUCCCUGAAAGUAGGCUUGCUUGCGAUUUUGAGUGUCAAUUCUGUUCAUGAGAAAAAUGAACCAGUGCUAAUGGAUAGCAUAGUUGUGGGACCGAAGGAAUCGUUCGUUCUAGUGGCAUACCAUAUUCAGCCGGAAGUUGUACAAAUCUAGUAAAUGGCUCAUUGUUUUAAACAGCA